ACCGAAAAAGCGAUCCGUCUGGUUUUUGUCUGUCCCUUAUUUCAAAAUUUGAAAACCAAACGUUCCCGAUUUUCAUCCUUUUGUGUUCUCCACCGGAGCCUUUACGCCGCAAUACCGCCGCCUUCGCCGCUUCAGCUGCAUCGGUGAAUGUAAAUAGCCGUCGUCUUAUUCUAAUAAGGUUGCAAUGUCUUUGUUAAGUAGGUUCUUUUACAAGAGACCACCAGAUGGAUUACUUGAAUUUGCUGAUAGAGUUUAUGUUUUUGAUUCAUGUUUUUGCACGGAGGUGUUGGCGGAUAGCUUGUACCAAAUCUUCUUGCAUGAAGUUAUCAAUGAUUUACACGAGGAAUUCCCGGAAUCGUCUGCAGAAUGUGACGUAAUCAAAAUUGACAUCCAGUGCUGGGUUCAAGGAGAUGUUGUACUGGAGUGUGUGCAUAUGGAUUUAGAUCCAGAACGAGAGGUUAUGAUGUUUCGUGUGAUGUUCAAUACUGCAUUUAUCAGGUCCAACAUACUAAUGUUGAACUCUGACAACUUGGAUAUUCUUUGGGAAGCCAAGGAUCAUUACCCAAAAGGGUUUCGAGCAGAGGUCUUGUUUGGAGAAGUUGAGAAUGCCUCGCCUCAGAAAGUUCCCACCCCAAUAGUAAAUGGUGAUGAGACUGGUGGAUUGCCAUUGAAGCUUUCUAGAGUCAAGAAUUUUAGCGGUGUGGAUUUGGCUGAGAAUGGAGAUGAUGCUGCUUUGUGGUUGCUAAAACAACUUGCUGCCAUAAAUGAUGCGAAAGAGUUUUCAAGAUUUCGGCACAAAGGGAGUUUUUAUUUUAAUUCUCCUGACUCUGAAGAGGAGACAAACACAUCUAGUGCUGCUGAUAGUUCAGAUGAAGGCUUUGAUGCCAUUCAGAGACCUCAUAUUCGUAUACCUUUUGAUAACGAUGAAACAGACGACAUUACUUUGUCUGUCACUCAUGAAUCUUUAGAGGAGCCUCAUGAAUUCUCUUGUCACCAACAUCAUGAAGUUCCAGCAAAAGACAGUGUCGACCCAUUGACUCUUCCAUCAGAUCCACCAUCUUCUGUUGUUCAUGUCACACUUCUGCCUCCACCGCCACCGCCACUUCCUCCCCCUCAUUUUAUGAGCACAACCUCAUUUUCACCCCCACCACCACCCCCACCCCCGCCACCUCUCCCUAGUUUCAGCAAUAGAGAUCCUUUGACAACAUCGCAUCAGCCUACCAACAAAAUCCCUCCACCACCACCUCCUCCUCCUCCGCCACCUCCUUUUAAAAGCAUCCCUCCGCCAUUAGCUCAACCACCACCACCACGUCCUCCUCCUCCUCCUCCUCCUCCUCCGCCACCUUCUUCUAGAAGCAUUCCUCCACCCUCAGCACCACCGCCACCACCGCCACCUUCGUUUGGGAACACACGAAAUAAGCUUCAGGCGCAGCUACCUCCGCCUCCGCCUCCACCUCCUCCUCCAAUCCAAGCAACUCCUGCUGCUAAAUGUCCACCACCACCACCACCCCCGCCUCCACCUACAUCUCAUUCUGGUUCUAUUCGUGUUGGCCCACCUUCGGCACCACCACCACCACCACCUCCUCCUCCUAAAGCUAAUAUUUCAAAUGCCCCCAAGCCUCCACCCCCUCCGCCACUUCCUCCUUCAUCUACAAGGUUUGGUGCUCCCCCUCCACCUCCACCACCACCACCACUAUCCAAGACCCCUACUCCGCCUCCACCACCUCUAUCCAAGACCCCUGUUCCUCCUCCUCCACCAGGGCUGGGUCGUGGUACAAGUAGUGGCCCACCACCACUGGGAGCUAAAGGUUCAAAUGCACCACCACCACCUCCUCCUGCAGGAAGGGGCAGAGCUUCCUCGGGACUUGGAAGAGGCCGAGGCGUGAGUGUUCCUACUGCUGCACCUAAGAAAACCGUGUUAAAACCUUUGCAUUGGUCUAAAGUUACUCGGGCAGCAAAAGGUAGUUUGUGGGCUGAUACUCAGAAACAGGAAAAUCAACCACGGGCCCCUGAAAUAGAUAUAUCAGAGCUCGAGAGUCUUUUUUCUGCAGUUUCAGAUACCACAGCUAAGAAGAGCACAGGUCGCCGGGGUUCUAGUAUCAGCAAACCUGAGAAAGUUCAAUUGGUUGACCUGCGAAGAGCAAAUAACUGUGAAAUAAUGCUUACGAAAAUAAAGAUUCCUUUACCAGACAUGCUUAGUGCAGUGCUAGCCUUGGAUUCGUCAGCUCUGGACAUCGACCAGGUUGAAAAUCUCAUCAAAUUUUGUCCGACCAAGGAAGAGAUGGAACUGUUGAGGAAUUAUACUGGUGACAAGGAAAUGCUUGGAAAGUGUGAACAGUUUUUCAUGGAACUAAUGAAGGUUCCACGUAUAGAAGCAAAGUUACGAGUGUUUGGCUUUAAGAUUACCUUUGCUUCUCAGGUGGAAGAGUUAAAAAGCUGCUUAAAUACUAUAAACGCUGCUAGUAAAGAGGUGAAGGAGUCUGCAAAGUUGCGUCAAAUUAUGCAAACAAUUUUAACGUUGGGAAAUGCUCUAAAUCAGGGAACUGCGAGAGGGUCUGCUGUGGGGUUCAAACUAGACAGUCUCCUUAAAUUAUCUGAUACUCGUGCUAGAAAUAACAAAAUGACUUUGAUGCAUUACUUAUGCAAGCUUGUUGGUGAAAAAAUGCCAGAAUUGUUGGAUUUUGCUAAUGACCUUGUUCACUUAGAAGCUGCUUCGAAGAUUGAAUUGAAAACGUUGGCUGAAGAAAUGCAAGCGGCGACUAAAGGCCUUGAGAAGGUUGAGCAAGAACUAAUGGCUUCAGAAAAUGAUGGUGCAAUUUCUUUGGGCUUCAGGAAGGUCUUGAAGGAGUUUCUUGAUAUAGCUGAUGAGGAAGUGAAGACGCUUGCUUCGUUAUAUUCAGAAGUGGGAAGAAAUGCAGAUUCUUUGUCUCACUACUUCGGUGAGGAUCCAGCUCGAUGUCCUUUCGAGCAAGUGACCAAGAUUCUGACUCUUUUCAUGAAAACAUUCAUCAAAUCUCGAGAGGAGAAUGAAAAACAAGCCGAGGCUGAGAAGAAGAAACUGGAAAAAGAAGCUAUAAAGGAGAAGUCAGCGACAAAGAAAGAUGGCGCUGAUAACGACAACGAUCUUAUCCAGCAGAUCCAUAGACAUAGAACAUGAACAAACAUCGGUCUUAAACCGAAGACCCGAGGUUUUCAGAUCGAUAAAAGCUUUGUUUUAUAGGACUCAAUGUUGCACAUACGGAACAAGAGCUGAGAUCUUUCCUAGAUCUUAGACAAAGUAGUCAACUUCUAUGAUGUUUAGAUGGAAGUGUUUUAUCUCUGAUCUCUUCAUUGAUGUAAAAACUCAGAGGUUCGUGUUUAUGUCCCAGUCCUAGAAAUAUUUGAACUUUUAUAGAAUCCAAAAGUUAUAUCAUCUUCACUGUGCAGAGAAAAACAUUUUUUUUUUCAAAGAAUAAUAAAUCUUCACA